AUGAAAUUAUCUAGUACACUUAAUCUUCGUAGAAUCCUUAACAGUCCUUUUAAUCCUUUUCAUGUAAUACCGAAACAAGAUAAAUGGAAAAGUCGUGAAAAAUUAGCACGUUUCACAGCUUGGCAAUAUGGAAGUGAAAGAAAUACAGUUAAAGGUGCUCUUCGUAAAUUGAAUAAAGUUUUCCAUUAUAUGACAAUGCAAAGGCAUGAUGAAAUAAAAUUGAAUCAUUUUUAUGCUGAACAGCGUAUUUCUUCAGCACUCAAAGAACACAAUUUUGAUUAUCCUAAUUUUAAAAAUUCGUUGAACAAAGGACAUAUUUUAUUAGAUAAUGUUGUUUUAUCACAAUUAGCUAUGUAUGAACCAAGAUCUUUUCAGAGUAUUGUCUUAUUAGCAAAAAAAAUGAAUGUGUUACAAGAUAAGCCAACUAUUGUUUUUGACAAUGAAUUAGAAAAUGUGGAAAUCUUUAAUAAUUUCAUCCGUGAACCAUUACCUUUACCAAAACUUUAUCCUAAAGGUCCUUCAGAAAAUCAUACAUCUAAACCAAGGAGAAUAUGUCAAGAUGAAUAUUAA